AUGUCUAAGCGUACUUUGUCCUCUUCCACUCCCUCCCGUCAAACUCGAGCCUCUACCUUGGCAACUUUACCCGACGUCGACCCCGAGCUUCUCAUGCGUCAAACGAAAAGAAUGAGAAUUACUUCCCAAGCCGCUUCCUCUCAACCCCCAUUGGUUGAUGCGUCUCGACGAGCUCUCGACACCAUUAAGGAGAAGUAUCAAUCCGGUCCUUCUCGCGAAGCACAAUCGUUCCUCGAUGACCAGGUCAUCGAGCAAUAUUUCGACUUCGAAGGGGGUGCUGGGCCAUCUGCCACUGGUGAGAACCUAUCUCCCGCCAAAUCCGUCGAAUCCGAACACCCUACCGUCGUCGAAAAUGCAAAUUCUCCCGGUAAGCAACUUACUGGUCCUCCUUCUGAGGCUUCCGACGAACUUGUGGAGGUUCCCGACGAGCUUGGUGACAUCUUUCACGCCCCUCGCAAGGUUCCCGUCAACAAGGAACUGGUUAAGUUGCUCGAGGAUCGAAAAGACUCCGAGAUCGCUACCCUUUGGGCCAGCAUGACCUUCCCCUCUGUUCGUCUCGCGUUGAAGAACGAAGCUCUGGACCGUUUCCGCGAAACCAACGCCAUCAAGCCCACUGUAAAGUGGUUUAAGAACGCUCUCGAUCGUUUGGCCCAAGGUUGGCGCCUCCGCAACAAAAAUGGUGCUGUUGUUCGGCUAGAGGGUGAGCUCUGUACCGAUUGUCAACGUCGUCUCGAUGGUGGUGAAGACUUUCGGGUUGGUUGUAUUGGCCCUCGGUAUCGUUGUGGGAGCAAGAACGGUCACUUCCAAGGUUACUUUUCUCCUGGAGCACGAGCUUUGUGCGGCUUCGGUCCGUUAUCGAUCCCUUCCUGCCCAUGA